AGUCAUGUUUCUUAAAUGUGCUAUAUAAAUAAAGUUUGAUUUGUUAACCCAGCUAGCCUAGUUAGCUAGCUAGGAAUAUUCUGUCCAUAGAAUUAGAAUACAAAAUAGAAUUUAAGAGGAUCUCUAUGGCUCUGUCCAGCUGUGCAUGCCAUGGAAUGGCAACAGCCUACGAACUCUUGCUUUUUGCUUCAGUUUCCAAAACAAUGUAACCAAAUAACCAGUUACUUGGCCCAUACAGUCUAUGGUCAUGAUUACUUACUGUUUGUAGGUUGUGCAACUGUACUAACUAGCUAAAACAUGUUUUUAUCUCAAUAAUACCACAUAAGCCAAUACACAUAUUCCAUUGUUAAUAACAAAUAGCUCAAUUUUAAGUAUUUCACAACAGCUUUGAAUAGACAACAGUCUGGAAUAGCUAGUGUGGUUUAAUAUUUGUUGACCAAAUCAUAGCCAAUAUUCUGGUCACUAGGCCUAUUUAUAGUUUCGUCUUCAAGUUCUAGUCUGCCCUAGUCUGUGUCCCUGCCCUCUCAUCAUUGCUGCUGGUUCCUUAAUAGUGAUGUUCAAACUGUAAGAGGACAGGAGGUAAGGCUGUCAGGUCAGAAGGAGCCCAGGCUACUGUCACUCAUUGAGUUCUCUGGAGAGUUUAUGUUAGGUGUUUUGGCUAACCCUGAAACUGUUAUGUCCUGUCCGGUACCUCAGUUGUCAAUACCCAUCAACAGUCAUUUUCAGAUUGUGCGGGAGGCUGAAGAAGCGCUGCUCAUUGACUUGCCAUUAAAAACUUGCAUUAGGGUACGGGUCAGAGGGGAGAAAGCCCAGGAGCUGAUUCUGGAGCUCCAGGAUGAUGAGCGCAGCCAGUCCUUCUUCUCCCAGGUGAAGAGAGCCAAGCAGCAAGUCGAGUCCAAAAGCACGCAAAUCAAAGCGAUGGAUCCCAUCAUGCCGGCUCCCCGCAAGGUCUCUGCCCCAGUCCCACCCAUCCCUCCUCAGAGAGGGAUCCACAAAGCUGCCAACUCUCACACCAAGCCCAGCAGUGUACCACCACCGCCUCCCAACCUCAACAACAGCUCUUCAGCCAACCAGACUGGCACAGCUGACAGACGGGACCCAGCUCUCUCUCUGGCCAUAGACUUUGGCUUCGAGGACAACUUCAAUCACUCCCUCAAAGUGGAGGAGAAGAAGAACCAGCAGAAUGGCAUCGGGCCCCCCCGGGAAGCUCCUCCAGUUCCCCCUCUGCCUCCUCGUAAAGGCUCCUACACUCCCUCCAAUCCUCUCCCCCCCGCGCCCAUCCCCAUCUCCAAAGACAGAGCCUCGUCCGUACAGGCUAAAGAUGCCGCCUUCAUCACGCCUGCCAAAACAGAUCUUAGUGUUGACCGGCCCACCUCAUGGAGCGACAGCCCCACCACCAACAGCAUGCGGAGCGCCAUGUUCUCCACUCAGGCCGGCCAGAGAGAGUACCUCAUCAAACACCGCCUGGCCAAGAAGGAGGAGGAGUACGUAGACAUCAAGGACUUCAGAUUCUUUUCUGGAACGUGGAAUGUGAAUGGCCAGUCCCCAGACAGCAGUCUAGAGCCCUGGCUGUGUUGUGAGCCAGAACCUCCUGACGUCUACGCUCUGGGUUUCCAGGAGCUGGACCUGAGCACAGAGGCCUUCUUCUAUCUGGACUCCUCUAAGGAGCAGCUGUGGGUGGAGGCUGUGGAGAGAAGUCUGCACCCCAAAGCCAAGUACAAGAGGGUGCGCAUCAUCCGACUAGUGGGCAUGAUGCUGGUGGUGUUUGUCAACAAGGUGCACAAGAAUCACAUCAAAGAUGUGGCGGCGGAGCACGUGGGAACUGGCAUCAUGGGAAAAAUGGGUAACAAGGGAGGUGUGGCGGUGCGCUUUGUGUUCCACAACACCAGCUUUUGCUUUGUCAACUCCCACCUGGCGGCCCACGUGGAGGACUUUGAGAGGAGGAACCAGGACUACAAAGACAUCUGUGCCCGUAUGAGCUUCCACCUGCUAGACCACCCUCCCCUCAACAUCGUCAAACACGAUGUAGUGAUCUGGGUAGGAGAUCUGAACUACCGGUUGUUUGUGUACGAUGCAGCUGAGGUCAAACAGCUCAUCUCCCACAACCAACUGAGGAAACUGCAGGAGUAUGACCAGCUGAAUAUCCAGAGACAGAACAUGCGAUCCUUCACAGACUUCAUGGAGGGAGAGAUCAAUUUCAAGCCCACAUAUAAGUACGACGCCAAGACGGACCGUUGGGACUCUAGUGGUAAGUGUCGUGUCCCGGCGUGGUGCGACCGGAUCCUGUGGAGGGGCAGUAACGUGAAGCAGCUCUACUACAGGAGCCACAUGGAACUGAAGACCAGCGACCACAAGCCUGUCAGCUCCCUCUUCAGUGUCGGGGUGAAGGUGGUGAACGAAGCUCGCCACAAGAAAGUGUUUGAGAAGAUCGUGCGCAUGAUGGACAGGAUGGAGAACGAAUGUCUCCCGUCUCUGUCACUGACCCACAGAGAGUUCACCUUUAAGGACGUCAAGUUCCGCCAACUGCAGCGGGAGAGUUUUGUGAUCUCCAACGACGGGCAGGUCCCCUGUCACUUUGCCUUUAUCCCCAAGCUCAACGACUCACAGUACUGCAAGAACUGGCUCCGCGCUGAGCCCAGCGAAGGCUUCCUAGAGCCCAACGAAACUUUAGAGAUCUUCCUGGAUGUGUACGUGAGCAAGGACUCAGUGACGCUGCUCAACUCAGGAGAGGACGCCAUCGAGGACAUCCUGGUGCUGCACCUGGACCGAGGCAAGGACUACUUCAUCACCAUCUCAGGCAACUACCUGCCCAGUUGCUUCGGUACCUCGCUGGAGACGCUGUGCCACAUGAAGAAGCCCAUCCGGGAGAUCCCCAUCACCAAGCUCAUUGACCUGGGAGAGGACAGCUACAUGGAAAAGGAGAAGUCCAGGGUGAGCUUCCUGAUGGUGGACAGUGCUGGCACGGAGGACAAGCCCUUAAAGAUCCCCAAGGAGGUGUGGCUGCUGGUGAACCACCUCUUUACCCAGUCCUGCCAGCAGGAGGACCUGUUCCAGACACCGGGCCUGCAGGAGGAGCUGCAGAGUAUCAUCGACUGCCUGGACACCAGCAUUCCUGACUCCAUCCCUGGUUGUAACCACUCGGUGGCUGAGGCCCUGUUGAUAUUUCUGGAAGCUCUGCCUGAGCCAGUGGUGUGUUACGAGCUCUACCAGCGCAGCCUGGACUGCUCCCAUGACAGCCGCCUCUGCAAACAGUUGAUCUCCCAGCUGCCCAGGGCUCACCGCAACGUGUUCCGCUACUUGAUGGCGUUCCUCAAGGAGCUGCUGAAAUACGCCCACAACAACAACCUCACUGCCAGCCUCAUAGCUACCCUCUUUGCCAGCCUGCUCAUCCGGCCCCCGCCCAACAUGGUGGGCCGACAGACCCCGCAGGACCGACAGAGAGCCAUCGACUUCAUCCUGGGCUUCCUCAUGGGAGGGGACGAGGAGUGA